AGGGGCGUAUAUUGGCGGCGGCGGCGGCGGCGGCGGCGGAGGCCCCGGGGCGGCGCGCGUCCGCUCCCUGCUCGGCUCCAGGAUGAUCGGCCAGAAGACCCUCUACUCCUUUUUCUCCCCGAGCCCUGCCGGGAAGCGGCGCUCCCGCAGCCCCGAGCCGGCAGACGUAGGGACCGGCGUGGCGACACUCACUGAGGCCAGCCCCGCCAAGAAGGCCCGCGCCGAGCCGGCGGAGCCCGGGGAGCCGCCCGCCGCGCCGCUGAGCCCCGAGCAGCUGGGCCGCAUGCAGAGGAACAAGGCGGCCGCGCUCCUGCGCCUGGCCGCCCGCAACGCGCCCUCGGGGCUGGGCGACAGCUGGAAGCAGCCGCUGCACGCCGAGUUCGGGAAGCCCUACUUCAUCAAGCUGAUGGGGUUUGUCGCAGAGGAAAGAAGACAUCACACUGUGUACCCUCCGCCCCACCAAGUCUUCACGUGGACACAGAUGUGUGACAUCAAAGACGUGAAGGUUGUCAUCCUGGGGCAGGACCCAUACCACGGCCCCAACCAAGCUCACGGGCUCUGCUUCAGCGUCCAGAGACCGAUUCCCCCACCGCCCAGUUUGGAAAACAUCUACAAAGAGCUGUCCACAGACAUCGACGGCUUUGUUCAUCCUGGCCACGGAGACCUGUCAGGGUGGGCCAAGCAAGGCGUCCUCCUCCUCAACGCCGUCCUCACCGUACGAGCCCAUCAGGCCAACUCCCACAAGGAGCGGGGCUGGGAGCAGUUCACCGAUGCCGUGGUCUCGUGGCUCAACCUGCACGCGCACGGCCUGGUCUUCCUGCUCUGGGGCUCCUACGCGCAGAAGAAGGGCAGCGCCAUCGACCGGAAGCGUCACCACGUGCUGCAGACGGCCCACCCCUCCCCGCUGUCCGUAUACCGCGGCUUCUUCGGAUGCAGGCAUUUCUCGAAGACCAACGAGCUGCUGUGCAAGUCCGGCAAGGUGCCCAUCAACUGGAAGGACCUGUGACCGAGUCCCGGCGUGGGGUGGGGGUGGGGGGGUCUCCUCGAGGCGUUUGUCAAGUUGUGAGGCCUGGCUGACGUUCCCCGUUAAUCCUGCAGCACGCCAGCAACGGAGGAGCGUUUCUGAGAAGCAGGCUGCACCCUGAACCUUCGUGCCUUUGCCCCACACACUGUGCUGCCCAAGGGAAGGGCCCACAAGCAGGGUGGCGGCCUGGCACACUUGCUCCCCUCCGGCCUCUCGCAGGAGGGAGGGAGCUGAACACCUGCACUCAGGCCGCAGUGAGGCGCUGGCGGUUUUUCCCUGGUAGGGUAGCAGCCAUCUAGGCGAGGGGCAGAGGGUGCCGGUGUUUCUGUUCAGAAAGGACCCACUUUAAAGAAAGUCCGAGGACCGUGUCAGUUCCCAGAACUAGGGGUGCACUUUCCACUCCUAGUGGGGUGGGGACCCCUAAGGCGUUGGCACCGGUGUCCCUGGAGAGGUAGGCAGAGGCAGGGAGCCAUCUGGCCACACCACUCCCCUCUGGGUAUUUCCAAGACCGAGUCAAGUUGAACAGGGAGGGGGUUCAUAGUUUUAGGGACUGAAGUCACUUUGGGAACUUUUUUUUUUUUUCCUGCAACACUGGAGAAUUUUGCUUUUAUAUGACACACUUGUAAAUAGAUGCUCUUUUUAUUUGCCUGUUGAACGUCCUGUUGGGUCUGCGCUGUGUCUGGAUACCAGUGGAGAUGCUGGCGGACUGCUGGUGGGUCAUGCCAACCCCAGGAGUCAGGGAAUAAAGAUGGUUCAAGUUCCA